AUGGAAGAGGCAGAAAAUCCUGAUGUCUGCUACCUGAUGGAUAAUGAUGUUGUCUGCAGGGACCGGGGAUUCCGGGCGUACUUGAAGGAAGGUCCCGCAAAGAGUCGGUUUGAACCAGGAAGUCUGAAACCCACACACCUGCAUGAGGUGUGUUCUCUGUGGAAAAUUGCAGGCAGUACCGGGGAGGGGGCGGAUCUUGGGCAGGACCAUAGCCAGCGAGGGGCGGGGCCUAGACGCUCGGAGCGAGAUGGCGGGAAGCACAGGCCCCGCCCAGACAUCGCCUCGGCCACGCCCACGCCGCGCGGCCCGUCCGGGCCUCUCCUGCGCGCGCAGUUUCCCGCAGACCCGGAAGCCGAUGGCGUGGAGAGAAGGCAACGCUGUGGCGGAUUCAUGUUGGAUGAGGAAGAAGCCCAGAAGAGGAGGAAGAGGAAAGAAAAGGAGUCAGCAAUGGCUUUUACUCAGGGACACUUGACAUUCAGGGAUGUGGCCGUAGAAUUCUCUCAGGAGGAGUGGACGUGCCUGGACUCUGCUCAGAGGGCUUUAUACAGGGCUGUGAUGUUGGAGAACUACAGGAACCUGGUGUCCCUGGGAAUCUCGCUUCCUGACCUGAGUGUUAUCUCUGUGUUGGAGGAAGGGGAAGAUCCCUGGACCGUGGACAGUGAAAUGAAAAUACCAAGAAACUCAAAUGGGGGGGAAAGGAUCCCAGGUUUGCAUUCAGGGAGGAGCUGUGUCUUGGGAAAUGAUGCAGGAAAUCAGCCUAUUAAAACUGAACUUGGAUUAAGCUUUCAGUUCCAUCUGCCUGAAAUGCAGCUAUUGCAACCUGAAGGGAAAAUUUAUGAAUGUAAUCAAGUUGAAAAGACUAUCAACCCUAUUACCUCACUUUCACCACUUGAAAACCUUACUUCUAAACUGAAAACCCAUAUAUUUAAUAAAUACAAGAAUGAUUUUGUCAGUUCUCCACAAUUCACAGAAGAACUGAAAGCACACAUUAGGGAAGAACCUUACAGACCUAAUGAGCACAGCAAAGCCUUUAGUGUGUCUUCAAGCCUUCCUAACCAUGGGGUAAUCCGUGCUGGAAAGAAACCUUUCAAAUGUAAAGAGUGUGGCAAGGCCUUCAGGCAAAAUUCAGACUUUCUACGACAUUGGAGAAUCCAUAGUGGAGAGAAACCUUACAGAUGUAAUGAGUGUGGCAAAGACUUCAGUCAAAACUCACACCUAUCUCGACAUCAGACAAUUCAUACUGGGGAGAAACCUUACAAAUGUGAUGACUGUGGCAGAGCAUUCAGUGUGCGUUCAACACUUACAACCCAUCUGCGAAUCCAUAGUAGAGAUAAUCCUUACAAAUGUGAUGAAUGUGGCAAAGUCUUUAGUUGCCAUUCAUACCUUAGACGACAUCAGCGUAUUCAUACUGGGGAGAAACCUUACAAAUGUAGUGACUGUGGCAGUGCAUUUAGUGUGCUUUCAAGGCUUUAUAUACAUCAGGUUAUCCAUAAUGCAGAUAAACCUUACAAAUGUGAUGUUUGUGGCAAGGUUUUCAGUCAAAAUUCAAACUUAGCAAAUCAUCGUAGAAUUCAUACUGGAGAGAAACCUUACAAAUGUCAUGAAUGUGGCAAAGUCUUUAGUUUUAAUUCAUACCUUGCACAACACCGGAGAAUUCAUACUCGAGAGAAACCUUACAAAUGUGAUGAAUGUGGCAAGUUCUUUAGUUGUAAUUCAUACCUUACACAACAUCGGAGAAUUCAUACUCGAGAGAAACCUUACAAAUGUAAUGAAUGUGCCAAGGUCUUUAGUUGCAAUUCAUACCUUAGACGACAUAAGAGUAUGCACGCUGGAGAGAAACCUUACAAAUGUAAUGAAUGUGGCAAGGCCUUUAUUUACAAUUCAUACCUUGUACAACAUGCGAGUGUGCAUACUGGAGAGAAACCUUACAAAUGUCAUGAGUGUGGCAAGGUUUUUAGUUGCAAUUCAUACCUUACACGACAUCAAGGCAUUCAUAGUGGAGAGAAACCUUACAAAUGCAAUGAGUGUGGCAAGGUUUUCCGUCAAAAAUCAAACCUUAAAAAUCAUUACACGAUCCAUUUGGGAGAGAAACCUUACAAAUGUUAUGAAUGUGGUAAAAAAUUUAGUUUGCGUUCGAGGCUUCAUAUACAUCAGGUUAUCCAUAAUGCAGAUAAACCUUACAACUGUGAGCACUGUGGCAAGGUUUUCAGGCACAAAUUAUCCCUAACAGUCCAUCUUAGAAUUCAUACUGGAGAGACACCUUACAAGUGUAAUGAAUGUGGCAAGGCCUUCAGACACAAGAUAUCUCUUACAGUUCAUCAGAAAACACAUACUGGACAGAAACCUUACAAAUAUAAUGAGUGUGAGAAGGUCUUCUGUCAAAACUCAAACCUUGAAGAUCACAGAAACCAUACAGGACGGAAACCUUACAAAUGUAACGAAUGUGGCAAGGUCUUCAAUUACAAUUCAACGCUUGCACGACAUCAGUGUAUUCAUACUGGAGAGAGGCCUUACAAAUGCAAUGAGUGUGGCAGAUUAUUCUGUCAGAAAUCAAACCUUAAAAAUCAUCAUGUUGUCCAUUCAGGAGAGAAACCAUACAAAUGUGAUGAGUGUGGCAGGGUCUUCCGUCACAAAUCUAACCUUAAAAAUCAUCACACAAUCCAUACAGGAGAGAAACCUUACAAAUGUGAUGAAUGUGACAAGGCCUUCAGACAAAAGAUAUCCCUUACACGUCAUCAGCGAACUCAUACUGGAGAGAAACCUUACAAAUGUAAUGAAUGUGGCAAGGUCUUCUGUGAAAAAUCAAACCUUAAAUCUCAUCACAGAAUCCAUACUGGAGAGAAACCUUACAAAUGUAAUGAGUGUGGCAAGGUGUUCCGUGAAAAAUCAAACCUUAAAACUCAUCACAGAAUUCAUACUGGAGAGAAACCUUACAAAUGCAAUGUAUGUGGUAAAGUUUUUAGUCACAUUUCACGCCUUGCUCAGCAUCAGAGAAUUCAUUUGUGAGAGAUUGUGCAGACUCCUUCAGGGUGCAAACUCCUCACCAUGAGUUCUAUCAUUAAUCAACCUCAGAGAGUCCAUACAAGAGAAAUCAAAUAAGUGCAAUGUAGGUGGCAGGGGCUUUAUCCAGGCCUCACCACUCACUAUACAUCAAAGGUCCAUCUUCAAUGAAACCACGCAAAUGAAAUGUUUAUGGUGAGGCUAACACCCAAGGAACAUUACUGUAGAACGUGAGAGGAUUUACACAAGAAAUAAGUUAGUCUCUAGUUUUCUAAUAUUAAUCUCUGAUAUUAUGUCGUGAUGAAUAAUUAUAAAUCAAAAUACAUUGACCCUCAUGACAUGAUAUAUAUCAAAGAUGCAAGCACAUAUGGGCAUGGUGAGUUAUAUUUAGGUUUUACAAUAGUUGAUUUCAGGUUCUUUCAAAAGGCUACUUUAUUCUUUAUGACUUUCAGCCUGAGCUUUAAAAUCUUUUCAUAUGCCUUCCUCGCCAACAUUUCCCUGUGGUGUCUUGGGAAAAAAAUCAAGAGAAUGACAGGUCUCAAUUGAUUACUGAGAAUCAUCGCUCUCCCAUCUCCUAGAAGAGAAAGGACACUGCCUUUUGAGAUUAAUUUUUUUUUCUAUUUUUAUGGAGAGAGGAGUUUUGCUCUCUUACCUAGGAUGAAGUGCAGUGGUGUGAUCAUAGCCCACUGCACCCUUUAAUUCAUGGGCUCAAACUGUCCUCCCCACUCUACCUCCCACGUAGCUGGGACUCCAGGUGUACCACACUAGGUCCAGCUGAUUUUUAUUAAUUUGUUUUUGGGAGAAAAACUCUUACUAUGUGCCCCAGGUUGGUUUAAAACUUUGGAUUUUAGCGAUUCUCUGUACUUGUCCUCCCAGCAUGCUGCAAUUACAGAUGUGAGCCACUGUGCCUUGUCCUUUGAGAUUAUAUAGUGUCUGAUUUAGAAAGGAUGAUGAUGGGCAGAGAAUUAUGUAACCUAUGGUUCAGUCUUCAUGCCUAAUGCCUUCAGCACACACUUCACCCGAAGGAGGACACAGUGGAUUAUAGGAAUGAAAUGUUCUACCAACACACUGAGAAAGAACAGGCCACAACCUCUGGACACUGGGAAUUUCAUGGGAAGAGACUAAUAGGUUCUUUUUUUUUUUUUUUUUUUUUU